CACGACCGCUGCGGCAGUACGCCCAACAGCGGACUCCGAGAGAUCAGCAGAUCUCGGCGAACCCUUACUCUCUCGACUACCCUCUCGGGACUCUCGGAACCAUGGCGGCAGUGGCAGCGGCCUCGGCUGAACUGCUCAUCAUCGGCUGGUACAUCUUCCGCGUGCUGCUGCAGGUGUUCCUGGAAUGCUGCAUUUACUGGGUAGGAUUCGCUUUUCGAAAUCCUCCAGGGACACAGCCCAUUGCGAGAAGUGAGGUGUUCAGGUACUCCCUGCAGAAGCUGGCGUACACGGUGUCCCGGACCGGGCGGCAGGUGCUGGGGGAGCGCCGGCAGCGAGCCCCCAACUGAGGCCGCAGCUCCCAGCCCUGGGCGGCCGUAUCAUCAGGUGCUCCUGUGCAGCUCAACCAGCAUGGGAGCCAGCGCCGCGCAGGAAUGGGGGGUCCCCUGUGCUCCCUCGCCAGAGGAGCACUUGCCAAGGUCAGUGAGGGGCUGGUAGGCCCCCGGAGAAGCAGCACCGGCAAUUUUGACAAUACUAGAUCCCUUCCCAACCCAUUUGCACCUGCCCCUCUGCAGGUGGGGUGGGGAUUGAGAGGGGUGGGGGGAGCAGACCCCCGAGAUCUGGGCGUAGACAUCUCAUUCUGAUCUGGACCAAGUCGGGACAGCACUAUCCAAGCCCCCGAGCUGCGGCCAUGCCAACAGGCCCCACCAAGGAGAUCCAAACACCACACCAGCCAGCAGAAUGGACAUUCCAACAGCACCAGCUGAAGCCCUGAAUCUCAAUGCAGCAGAGGAGGCGCCAACUGUGUUGCCAGUGGCGGGACUGGAGGGCAUGGGCAGUGAAGGAGGGGGGUUAAGAAACAGAGUGGGGCCCUGUCACCGUCCCUUGCCUACAGUGUGCCCCGGCGAGCAUUCCAGCCCUGCUGCCUCUGCUCCCUCCAUUCCUCUUUUCUCCUCACUGAUUCCCAAGCCCACCCUAUCCCCACAAAAUGUGUCACUUAAUUUGGACCUGUAAAACCAAUAAAAGAAUCCCAUCUUUGUACUAAACUAUUCUCCGAGCCCCCUGCCCCUCACUGAUCUUGCUUUCCCAGGUCUCACGCAGUUGUGGUCAAUAUUGUGAUAAUCGCUAAUUGUACUGAUUGUUUAAGUGUGCGUUAGUUGUGUCUCCCCAGCUAGAUUGUAAGCUCCUGGAGGACAGGGACCGCCUCUACAAAAAAUAAAAAAACAGUACCUCCCCCGACUCGCACAGUGUCCUAGGACCCUGCGGGUCGGUGGAGGCGCACCAAAA